CUCUCUCUCUCUUCCUCUCCAUCUCUCUCUCUGUCAGCCCGUGCGCUCUUGGCGCGCCGCGAGUUGUUCGUCACUGAAGUUUCGUGCGCGUCCUGCGCGCCACUGACAUCCAGCCGCUCCGGAGGAGAGAGCAAGAGAGGAACGCAGCCUGAUGAAACACUCCCCAGCUGAAACAUUCCCACAGCCGUAAAAAACACAAAAAAACACUCAAGUCGGAGGGCAGAACGCUAAAAAUGCUGCCUGGGCAGCAGGACCGGGAAGCGAGAGAGGACGACGCGGCGAGGGCGGAUCUCCUGCGGGGCUUCACACUCCACCUCGGAGCUCCGUGUGAGGGCACACACUGAUGAGGACGGAGAAGAUGCUCAAAGUUUGGCCGCGUCUCCUGGAAGUGCCCCCCCACCCGCGAAGCGCCGUCCCGCAGCAGCUGCAGACGAUGUGCGCGAAUUGAACGAAGAAUGCAUGUCGUUUGGGAUAUAUCUGUGAUGCUGCAAACAUAUCUCAUCUGCACGUCAUCAGCUCAGCCUAUUACAUCCAAGCUUGAUGAGGGUUGGUGGGCGUAUAAGGACGUUGUCCAGGAAAGCUUUGUUCCAGUGCCAUCCUUCUGGGGUUUGGUGAACUCAGCCUGGAACCUGUGCACCAUAGGGAAGAGGCAGUCUCCCAUCGACAUCGAAACCAGUCACAUGAUCUUUGACCCCUACCUGACCCCUCUGAGGCUUAACACGGCGGCACGCAAGAUGGCCGGCACCAUGUACAACACGGGGAAGCAUGUGUCCCUGCGGCCCGACAAAGCCCACCUGGUGAACAUCUCGGGGGGCCCGCUGGGUUACAGCUACCGGCUGGAGGAGGUCCGCCUCCACUUCGGGAGCGAGGACUCCCAGGGUUCGGAGCACCUCCUCAACGGGCAGGGCUUUCCUGGAGAGGUCCAGCUGAUCCAUUACAACCAAGAUCUGUACGCCAACUACAGUGAGGCAGCUAAGAGCCCUCAUGGCAUCGCUGUGGUCUCCAUCUUCAUUAAGCUCUCUGAAAACUCCAACGCCUUCCUCAACCGCAUGCUCAAUAGAGACACAAUCACCAGAAUCAACUACAAACAUGAUGCGUUCUUAUUGAUGGGCCUGAACAUGGCCGACCUCUACCCCGACACCACGCGCUACAUCACUUACGAGGGCUCCAUCACUAUCCCUCCCUGCUACGAGACAUCCACGUGGAUACUCAUCAACAAGCCCGUCUACGUGACGCAGAUGCAGAUGCACUCCCUGCGCCUGCUCAGCCAGAACGAGCCCUACAAGAUCUUCAUGAGCAUGAGCGACAACACCCGGCCCACGCAGCCUCUGCUGCAGCGCUGCAUCCGGACCAACAUCAACUUCAGCAAGCAGGGCCGCGACUGUCCCAACAACCGCGCCCUCCGCCCACAGUACAGAGUGAAUCAGUGGCUCCUGAAGUAGGUGGGGAAACGCUUUCGAGCUCCAGCGCCACAAGAGGAGAGGCGGGAUGCAUUCGAAUUUAUUUCACCCUGAAACGAGGAUCUGCGCCGAACACACAGGAGCUGAACUGAGCCCUGAGCUGAUCCGACCCAAUCGCAUCAGAGCUCAACUAACCACACUCCAAACAAUUUGCUGUGUUGGCCUCCCACACAUCCACAACGUAAACACAGUUCAUGUUCAUGAUUUUUUCAUGUUCAUGCAGGCCAGCGAGGUGAGGAUACAGAUCAGACUCUGUGUCCAAAGUGUGAAAAAAACUAUAAGGAUUUCUACACAGUGCUUUUAUUAGUUGUGCGAACUCACAAAGACUGCAGAUGAACAAACUCUCGAUUGUUUUCUUUGUCUGGUAUUCGUAGCGAUGGAUGUUAUCUAAAGACUCAAGUAUGUGCUGUUUGGCCGUGAUCGACACUUGUCCACAUUGAAGGCAAUAAUGAAAAUGAUCAUCCUCUGAUGAGGAAUUAUUCGAUUUCAAUUGAUGGCGUGAACCCAACGCAUUAAAAGGCGACUGCGAUAUGAUGUAGGAUGUAAAAUGUGACGGCUCUGGUUUCGAAAAAAAUAACUGUAAGAGAAUGUAAAAUGUAGAAUUAAUAACAACUCUGGCAUUUAACAGACCUGAACAGAUGGAGUCACUUGAGAUUGAGAAGAAAUAGGUCAUUGAUUUCCCAUGGUUUUACAAUAGCUCACUUGUCUUCAAGGUAUUCAAUUAAGUGGCGCGAUAUAGCAUUACAGCAAUAUAAAGGGCAGGCUAAAUAAACAGACACCCCAAAAUUGUUAGAGAUUAGCGACGAGGCCAACGGCCAGACUGACCACACACUUCCCGAGCUUAGCUUUUACAAAGGAAUUGAUUUAACAAUUUAUCUGCUAAUGGAAGCUGCAAAAUGUAGCAUGUACUGCUAAUUAGCUUUAUUGACUGCAACUUACUCCCACAGGCAAUGGGUAUGUCUACAACAUUGUUUUGUGAGAUUAUGGUUUGAAAAGCCUCUCCACAACUAUAAAUGCCCAAUCUGUGGGAGCCAAGAUGCUACCAUAUCAGUUGCAGGAGUUAGGACUUACUUUACUUUCACCAAAAUCAUUGGCUGUCCCCAUCGUAAAAAAACGUAUUCACUAAAAUCAAAAAUUUGAAAGUACAAACUUGUGAAAUAAAUUCAAUCAAGCCGCAACAAAUUGCAAUCACUGACAGAUGAAAGUCCACUAACCAAGGCAGAUAUUUUAAAUAAGAAUUUAGGCAUCAGGCCGUGGAAAAUCAGUGAAAAUGUCAUACAAUGCCUUAUAUCGCAAUGUUUAAAACGUGCCAACAUUUAGUGGAUUUUUUCUUGGCCCAUGUCCCAUCCUUUCACCAGUUUCGUGGAAAUUUGUUCUGCAGUUUUUGAGUAAUCCUACUGAAAAACCAACCAACAAAUAGACAUAACCUCCUUAACAGAGGUCAUUAGCAUCAAAAUUAGUUACGUUAGAAGGAAUAACAUUUUAUGUUACAUUUCUACAAUAGCUUAUCUUCUACACUGAUCAUUGACUGAUGACUUCUUGCCUUGAAGUUGUCGCUUUAGUAUUGUUUAACAUUAUCCCAUGUGUCAAACUUACAGUGAAGAGCCCUUUUCCCAGGGGAUUUCAUCAAAAUUAGUAAAGUGGAAUUAUCAAAAAAAAUUGUUCAACUCGAAUCUUUGUAAAUGAGUUAUGCUUUUGUUGUGGAUUAUGACAUAGAGUGGGGACCACAACAAAGAAGUGGGCCAAGGUUUAACUGCUUUUUGUGUUUAAGUCUCAUUUCAGAAUAAGAUUUCCUCUGGGUGCAAACAACGUUGAUAAUGAAAACUGCUGUUGAUGAUUAUUAUUUAUCAUGUGAUUAUUUUAUUUCUAAAUCUUCAAAUUGUGCCCAAUGAUACUCUGUAAAAAAAAAAAAAAGUGGUAAAAUGAGUGACUGUAAGCAUGCAUACUGUGGAUGGACACCAUGAAUCAGCACAGACAUAACACUGGUCAUUACCUUGUUUGAUUGUUUUUUUCUUUUGUUCAGUUGCUGUGAUGUUGUAUAUAAUGGUGGGGACGAACAAUGUCGUUCGAUACAAAUCAUGAUGUAACUAUAAUAAAUAGAUGGAACUGUAA